AUGGAAGCCAGAGAUCAGGUGGUCAUAAAACUUAGAGACUGUUGGCUGAUUGCUGAUAUAGAACAAAACUCUCCUGUUUCUCGAAAGGAUCAAGUGCAUUGGAGUCAAGAAGCAAAACCUAAUAAAAAAGAAUUUACUGCUUGGAACACAAGUGAGCAGCAGGCCAGAGAUUCAGAACAUAGCAGCAUCACUCAAAUGUGCACUGACUAUGACAAAUAUAGUGAGAAGCAACAUAAAGUGCUGUUCCUGGAUCUGGGUAACAUUUGCCGGUCGCCUAUUUCAGAAGCAGUAUUCAAAAAACUUGUAACUGAUCAAAACAUUUCAGAUAACUGGAGGAUAGACAGUGCAGCUACAUCUACGUAUGAAGUGGGAACCCCUGACUAUUGAGGGCAGAGUUGCAUGAAGAAGCAUGACAUCCCCAUGAAUCAUAUUGCCGGGCAGGUCACCAAAGAGGACUUCGCAACUUUCGGCUAUUUCCUGUGUAUGAACGAAAACAAUCUGAGAGAUUUGAAUAGAAAACGUAAUCAAGUUAAAAACUGCAAAGCUAAAAUUGAACUGCAUCGGAGCUAUGAUCCUCAAAAACAGCUCAUCACUGAAGAUCUCUAUUAUAGGAAUGAGUCUGAUUUCAAUCUGGUGUACCAGCAAUGCAUCCCCUGUUGCAAAGCCUUCCUGGAGGAGGCCUGCUAG